UAGAGGACGCACGCGUAGUGCUUCACUUCCGGUUUCCAGAAAAUACCGUGCAUGGUUCGAAUACGCUACUACAAGGAAUUUCACGAACAAAGCUUGACAAGUUUGCACGCUUUCUAAAACAUGGCUGGUCUCCAAGAGUUGCGAGCAGACUUACAGGAGAUAGAGAGACUACUUGAACAGGCCAGACGAGAGAGAGUGAAGAAAGCUCUGACAUUAGAGAAGGGGAGAAUACAGACGGAGAUAACAGACAGUGAGGCUGCUGCUCCGGCUGCUCAGAACGGUGUGGAGGAACAAGAGUCAUCGCCAGACGAUGCGAAACCAUCUGUAAAGCGCAGGGCACCUCCACCACCAGGGCAGGCUACAAUGCACAAGACUAAGAUUACCUCAUAUGGCUGGGACCAGUCAGACAAGUUUGUGAAAAUCUACAUCUCCCUAAACGGUGUCCAGGCACUUCCCAAGGACAACAUUGAGGUCAACUUUGGAGAAAAAAUGGUAGAUUUCCUGGUGAGAGAUCUGGGUGGAAAGAACCACAACCUCCUCAUCAACACCUUGUUACUUCCCAUUACAUCUGUCUCGUAUAAGGUAAAAAGGGACAUGGUGACUCUACUCCUGAGAAAAAAGGAGACACGAACCUGGGAGUGUCUCACCAGUGUGGAAAAGAAGUCUAAGGACAAGAAGGCUCCAAAGCUUAACAGUACCGGAGACCCCGGAGACUCCAUCAUGACAAUGAUGAGGCAGAUGUACGAGGACGGGGACGAUGAGAUGAAGAGAACGAUUGCCAAGGCCUGGACGGAGUCACGCGACAAGCAGCAAGCCUCAAUGGGCGGGAUGGGGGGUUCUGUGGACGGCAUCACCAAACCCUGGGUUCUACAAGUCUUCAACGACAUUGACCCUGAAGUCAACAUCACUCAGGUUGACAUCACUGGCCCCAUAGGGGAGGGUCAUGGCAUCAGCAGUGAUCUCGUCGCCUUAGUCGCCACAGGAAACAAGAACGGUGAAGUAGAGCGGUACAGUGUUGUGGUCAAGUUGACAAAUUUCCGAUGGAUGGAGGUGGUAGAGCACAUGUCUGUGGAGGACUACCUUGUGUUUGAUGUGGCAGAGGUCAAGUUCUACUCCGUGGCGGUUCCCGACUUUCUGUCAUUGCUCGUCGAACGCCUGGAAGGCAAGAGCAAGGAUGGGGACUUUGACAAACUGUGGUGUAUCGAUGCUGUGCCAGUUUCCAAGUGUUACUUCACUGCAAGUGACCACACCUCCAACAUGUCCGUGCGAGUGCUGGAGAAUCUAAAAUCCCAGGGCUACUCCAUCAACCCAUACCCACAGCCUUUGGGCCUUGAGGAGAUGAAGUUAGCAGUAGGAGCUCUAGCCCAGGUCCAUGGCCUUUCUCAUCUGCUGGAGCUCCGAUCUGGAUCCCCCCUAUCCGACAGGUAUGACUGGAUAGUGGACAUCUACACAUGUAAACAGCAGUGGUAUUACAAGUACUACCAAGAGGGCUUGAAGAACUUGGCAUCAGCCUUUCCGGAUCACGAGCAACUGUUGGCCUGCCUGAGGAAGGUGGAUGGUGUGGCGAUGGUGAGAGAGGCAGCAGAGAGUCCGGCUAGGGUGAAGGUGCUGUGUCAUGCUGACUGCUGGAAUAACAACAUUAUGUUCAAGUACGAAGAUGGCAAACCCGUAGACGUAAAGCUGGUGGACUGGCAGCUCGUUGCCUACCGGCCACCGACCUUUGAUCUGGUCGUCCUCUUCAUGUACCAAACUUGGGACAUUUUCCAAAACCACCGGGACGCCAUCUUGGAGCAUUAUUACCAAGAACUACAGAAGACUUUGGGAGAAAACAAAGCUGCUGGUCUGCAGUUGUACACACUGGAGCAGUUGGAGGCAGACUUCAGAGCUGACUUUCCCUUCGCUGUGUACGAACGGAUCCUGUACGAGAAAGGUCUGAUUCCCAGGCAAAAACAAGACCUGCUGCUGAUUAUACAGCAGCUGAAAGAGUGGGGAGUCAUCUAAGCAAGAUUUAUCAUAGACCAACCUGAAUGUAAUCUAAGGUACCAUAUACAUUUAUGUUGACUUACUACAUGUAAGUUGUGUGUUGCAGUGAGUUGGAAAAGACUUGAAAUUAAUAACUUGAAGAGACAUGAUUGACUCCAUGUACUAUGUA